GUGUCCGUGCCCGGGCUCUGGGUUGGGAGCGGGGCAGGAGCCGGGCCGGGCCGGCAGCGUGUGCAGCGCCGCUCGAAAAUGCACUCGGAUGCCGCCGCUGUCAAUUUUCAACUGAAUUCUCAUCUAUCAACACUGGCAAAUAUUCACAAGAUUUACCACACCCUCAAUAGGCUGAAUCUGACAGAGGACGUUGGUCAAGACGAUCACCAGACAGGAGAGAGCCUUUCAAAGAUUCGAAGAAUAGGAAGUCUUCGGUCUUGCAGUUCAUCAGACUGCUUUAGUAAAGUGAUGCCUCCAAGGAAAAAGAGGAGACCUGCAGCAGGAGAUGAUUUAUCUGCUAAGAAAAGUAGACAUGAUGGUAUGUAUAGAAAAUACGAUUCAACUAGAAUAAAAGCAGAGGAAGAAGUCUUUUCAAGUAAGAGAUGCUUAGAAUGGUUCUAUGAAUAUGCAGGCCCAGAUGACAUUGUAGGGCCAGAAGGUAUGGAGAAAUUUUGUGAAGACAUUGGAGUUGAACCAGAAAAUGUAGUUAUGCUUGURCUAGCAUGGAAGUUGGAUGCACAAAACAUGGGCUAUUUUACGUUACAAGAAUGGUUGAAAGGAAUGACAUCACUACAGUGUGAUACUACAGAAAAAUUGAGAAAUUCUCUGGAUUACUUGAGAUCUUUAUUAAAUGAGCCUACCAAUUUUAAACUUAUUUAUAGAUAUGCCUUUGACUUUGCACGGGAAAAGGACCAGCGCAGCCUAGAUAUCAAUACUGCCAAGUGUAUGUUGGGCCUUCUUUUAGGAAAAGCAUGGUCCCUUUUUCCAGUAUUUCACCAGUUUCUAGAGCAAUCAAAAUACAAAGUUAUCAAUAAGGACCAAUGGUGUAAUGUUCUUGAAUUCAGCAGAACAAUUAACCUUGACCUCAGCAACUAUGAUGAAGAUGGAGCCUGGCCAGUGUUGUUGGAUGAGUUUGUGGAAUGGUAUAAAGGAAAACAGAUGACAUAGGAGUUUAACUAUGCACAGCCACUCAAGAGUCACUGUUACCACAGUUAYGUCAACCAUUAGCCAUAAACUGCUAUUUGUAUCAAAGUGCAUGCUGCUUUUCUUGCACUGCAUCCCUUUGGCAGGGAACUUUUGAUGUUUGCUAUUUAACAAGCUAGCUAUGCUUGCUGUUUAGCAUUGUUCUCUUUGAAGGCUGCUUUGCAUUUUGUAUUUCCACUAUGAAUUGGUGAACUUGCCAGAGUCUUCACUGUGAUUAUGUGUAUAUUGCUGUCUAAAUUUUGUAUAUGUGUAUAAAAAAGGCUUCACCUAGGGAUUAUUUCUGCAGAAAUGUAUUGUAAAAAUAAUUUUGUGGCAUAUUUCUAAUCAUCACUUACAUGUCUGUUGAAACUUUACUUUUGUUUUUCAUUUGGUCUCAAAUGUAAAAUUUCAGCCUUCCUGGACAUAGUUAUGUGAAGAACUGGUGUCAGUUUCAUUGUUCCUAUUUGAGAUGCCAAUUUCUGAGGAGAGAUGCUGUGACUUCCUUCAUCAGAAUUUGCCAAACRUGACCUAAUGCUUUAUAGGAAUGAAACAUUGGUGUCUUGAAAAAAAAUAUAUAUAUAUGUAUAAAAAUAUUAAAACACUGUAAUAGUUGUACAUGCCACAGAUUAUUUCCAUUUGAAGAAAAAAGUACUGACUUUUUAAUGUUAAAACUGCAGUAGUCAUUACAGGUACAAAUGGAUAAAUUAAAGUACCUUUUAAAAAUGGGUUUUAGACUUUUGUAAAUUGCCUUUGGCAUACUCCUUUUAAUUUUUGGUGUACCAAGAGUGUUUGGUCUAUGUUGUGAUCUAGCGACCCAAUGACAUUGAAAGUUCUAGCUGAAAUUGGUGGUUUGGGGAAUAAGGCAUGUUCACUCCUAGCAMAUAUGUAGUAAAAUUUUUGGGGAUUUUUUUUGUCUUUCCAAGGGCCUCCAGCUUUGUGUUUCUAACUAUUUAAAAAUAURAUACUGGAAAAAUAUGAUCUUGAAUAGUCAAAACAUUACUUUUUCUUUCCUGUUGGGGAUUAAAGUUUCCUGGCAGAAUGUCCAUUGCAGGCAAUGGGCAUGUAAAACACCAGCAUUAAAUGACAGUACUUUUUAGUAGGGACCACUGCCUGUUKCACUCAUUUCUUUAUCUGUGUAAGAUGGUUCAAGUGAUUAUUUUGGGAAAAACAAGUGAAUGGAAUAAUGUUUAAGUUCUGUAAUUUUGUCAURUUGUCUUUGCCUUACCCUUCUUUGUUAAGUAAUGUUAGUGUUGAUAUUUAUGAAUAGGUCCUUGAAGUAUCCGGUGCUAUUAAACUUUGAUCCCUAAGGAUUUAUUAAAAUGUUAUCRAUUCAUGGAGCAUUUAGCAACAAAGGGCCAGUGGAUGUUUUGGAAUGACAGCAUUAAUUCUCUGUAGAAAUAUUUUUCAAGUUACUGGCAGUUUUGUUAUUUCCCUAGAAUGCAGUCCAGGAGAAUGAGAGGAAAGCAUUUAUCUUGAAAGUGAAAUUUUCAUCUGUGCUGAAGGUUCUAUCCUUGCCAUCAAGUCAAGAGCAACUGUCAUUGACUUGACUUCUUUCAGAAUUAAGCCUAGUUUGGCAAAAGCACAUUCGUUUGCUGCCCUGGACCAGGAGGUUGUAAUUGUGGUGCUACAGGUGGUCAGUUGUGUUCUGAUCUGUUUGUUGUUGUCGUUGGUUUUUGUUUUUCAAGCUCAGCUGCCAAAGACAAAAAUUGUUUGUGUCUGUGUAUAUUUGUAUAUACAUAAAUAUACAAUAUGUGUGCAUAUACAAGCCCUAGAAUUUCAUGAUGCUAAGAAGAAAAUACUACCUUUCCUUUGAAAUAGCUACAUUUUGAUUUCCAUGACACUAAACAGAAGUUAGUAGUGGUAAAAUAUACAUAGUCAGUGCUUUCUCAUGUACUAAUACACAUAACCUUAAUUCUAUGUUUGAUGCCAGUUUGCACAAGAAAUUGAGGGGAGUGUGAUAUUUAAUGUUUACAAUAAGCCUCUUAAGAAAACAUACAUUUUAUUAAGACUUCCGAUGUAAAUGUGUAUAUUACAAUAGUAUUACUGUAAUGAACUACCAGUAGAACUGCUGGUUUAGUUCUUAAAAGAAUGAACUGAGAAGCAAUAUAACUUUUAACAUUAGGCCAAAUUGUGAUUGCCAGGAUUUUAAGUGAAAUAGGUGUAAUUGUUCUUAAAACAUUAGAUGUUAACUCUAGGAAACUGUUCAGCAAAAAUUGGCAUGAAUCCUGCAAGAAAUAGCAUAAAARAUUUUGUAUGUCACAAAUAACAGCUUCCAAUAAUGGAAGCAAGAGCCAAAGACACUUUCAGUCUAUUACUGUUACAGGUAUAGCUUUCAUAUAACAGGGUUGACAGAAAUCUGUUUAGUUCAGCCAGGUGYUGGCAGUUUUUCUGUUCUUCAGAAACAAAAUUUAAUUAAAAACAAAGAAAACAGGGGAAAAGUAACCUCAGAAAAAAAAAAAAACCUCACUGUGCAAGCGAACAAACUUUUUUUAAAAUUUGGACAAAAAUAAUGGGGAGUGAUGGAAAGGAAGAAUGUGUUUGGAAAUGAAUUGGAUGCUGCAAGUUUUUUCUUCCAUUUGAAACAGGAUGAAUCUGUAGCUAUCAGCAAGUUUAUAAACAUGCAUCUUCAUAAAGUAAACCACGGAUUCAAUUACAGCUAGUUGAGACAGCUUUACUGACAUUUUUAGUGAACAAAUGGACUCAAAUGGGCUUGUGUGGCUUGAUGAGCUUCCCUGUGCUAUCCAUCCUGCUGGUUUUGCAGGUUUUAUAUCCUACAGGUUUUUUUAUGUGUGCUGAUUAGCAGAAGAUUCUAACACUGCCUGCUYCUCUAUAUUGGAGAAAUUUUUAAUAGUUAUGGAAACUUAACUCAGUUAAUCUUGUAUUUAGUACAAGUAUGGCAUUUGCUUUUUUGUUUAUUUUGCCAACAAACAGCUGAUGUAAACGGUUUUUUUGAUUGUGGGCUUUCUUCCCUCUGCCCCGCUUUUUGAAAAGUAAUGUACAGAAUAUGGUGAUUUCUGGGACAAGACACUGAGAGGUCAGCUGUGGGUCUUGUGCUAAUACUUCUGGUUUACUAUUACUGAACUGUUAAAAGAAACUUGAUAAUCAAUGUACAGUUAAUUUUUGGUAUUUGGGAGACGUAAAUUGAAAAGACAGUGAAAGGAAAACAGUAUCCAGAGACUAUAGCAGUUGACAUUAUUUGAUAGAUGACAAACAUUUGGCGCUCCUUGGACUUAAUAAUCCUAAGAAUAUUUUUCAGCCUAAAUGAUUAUAUUAAUAUUAGUAAUCAAAGCAUUCAUUGAAUUAAAUUUCCUUCUAAAGCUAUGUGAUAUUAAGUAUUUAAAAUAUUAAUAUAAUUGUGUAUUACUGUUGGUUUUUUUACUUUUUAUCUUUUCCAAGGAAAGCAAGCUGAAGAGCAUGGAAUUCAYUGAAAUUGUUUAUGGACUUGAAUUUUCAGUUAAAACCUCUUCAAGGUUGUCUUGRAGCUACUAUAAAUAUUGGGUUAUCUUUGUGUAGCCAUUUCUAAUACUGUAGAGGCUUUUCCCAUUUUACGAUGAACAUAUGCAUUUUAUUUAAUCACAAAUGUGCUCACACAAUCAAGUUAAUUACAGUUUAUUGCUAUUUGGUUAAUGAUCCCAAGUUACUCUUUUGAGGGACAAGAAAUGGACAGUGGUAUUAAGGUUAUCCCAGAUYUCUGUUGACCCUUGGUCACAAGUCUAACAAAUUGUUUGAUAAUCUUGGAAUUCAUGUAGACAGUUUUAAAGGUUAGCUUGUGCCCUGGUUUUAAUUAUAGCUGCUAACAUACCUCUUUCUAUGCCUUAUAUUUUGUCUUUUCAUAUUGUUGUAAAAGUGUCUAGAAUCCAUCCACAAACUGUAGUUUGUUUCCUGUAGUUGAGACCAAAAUUCAGAUUUUUUUGUUGUUUCUAUUUUUUAAUUCCUCACCUGCUCCCCCACGGUGUGUGUGCAUGUGUACGUGUGUCAAAAUAGCACCUACUGACACUUGUUGCACGAACAGCAGUUAAUCUGUGACUGUGAAUGGUUUAUGUCUUAGUUAUUUGGAUGUUACAUAAGUAAGGUGUGCUGAACUCCUGUGAGUUACAAUAUGAUGAAAAUACUCUUAUGCCACCUAACAUGAGUUAAUCCGAUUGAUUUUUAGGUCUUUUGAUGGUGUYGAUGUAAAAUAGCAUCUCACAAAUAAACACAGUAUUUGUGUUGGUUUCAGCAACUGACUUCAGAUUUUUCUGUGAUUCAUGCUUUGGAAAUUCUCAUAUCUGAACAUUCAUCAGCAGGAAACCUUUAUAGUAUUAGCAGAGAACUUGUGUGUAGGAUCUUGUCACCCUUGUUUCUAAUAGUAGAGCAAAUCRGUAUUUGAAACUGUUGGGAAAAGGUAGGUGCUUCAAAAAGGUUGUUUGAAAUGGAGUUUAUGAGUGUAAAACAGUACUGAAAUACAGACAUUUUCUACAGUAAGUCAAUUUGAGCACAAAUGUCUCAAGAUAAAUUUUUUCAGAAGCAUAAUCAUUAUCCACUCAUUUUGGUCYAGCCUUGUGACCCGCAAGGUCCUCAUAGAAAAGCUUUUGAUGUAUGGACUGGAUGAGCAGAUAGGUGGACUGAAAAUAGAAAAUUGUAGAACCCAGAGAGUGGUGGUGUGCAGAGCAAAGUUUAUUUGGAGACCAGUAACUAGUUCUGUACCCCCAGUGUCAGAGCUGCAUCCAAUCCUGUUCAACAUCUUCACUAAUGACCUGGAUGAUGGGGCAGUCUGCUGAUGACACAGAGCUGGAAGUAAAGAUGAUAAGCCAGAGGAUCAUGCUGCCAUCCAAAGGGACCCCAACAAGCUUGAAAAAUGGGCUGGCAGGAACUUGAGCUUCAGCCAGGGUUAAGUGCAAAGUCAUGCAACCCCUGCACCAGUAUACACUGAGGGCCACCCAGCUGGAAARGCAGCUUGGCAGAAAAGGGACUGGGGGUCCUAGUGGGCACUGAGAAGGAAAUGAGCCAGCAACAAGUCCUUGCUGUGAAGAAGGUGAGUGGUAUCCUGGUCUGUUUUAAACAAAGUAUUGCCAGCAGACUGAGUGGCUUAUUCCCUCCRCUCAGUACUGAGUCCACACCUGAGCACAGUGUCCACGUCUGGGCUUCCCAGUACCAGGGACACUAUGACAUAGUGGAGGGGGUCCAGUAAAGGGCCAUGAAGAUAAUGAAGGCAUGGGAGCUUCUCUCCUAUGAGGAAAUGCUCAUAGGAUGCACAUCUGUUUAGACUGGAGAAGAGCCAAUGCUUUUGGAAUUCUUACUACAGUAUUUAAGUAUCUGAAGGGAGGGUGUGAAGAAGAAAAGACUCUCCAGGCAGUGCCCAGUGACAGGACUAGAGGCAGUGCUCAUAAACUGAARCAUAGGAGGCUCCAUCUGGAUAUCAGGAACUGUUCUCUUUUACUGUGUAUGUGGCCAUGCACUGUUACGUUGUCUAUCCUCAGAGAUGCUGAAAAGCCAUCUGAACAUGGUCCUGGGCAAAUGGCUCUAAGUGCCCCUGCUUGAUCAGGAUCAUUGGACUAGGUGACCUCCAGAUAUUGCUUAUUUAUUGCAAUAAUUGCUAUAUUUAACCUUGACUUUAAAAUAUUACUUGAAAAUAUUUAUAUUGCAAGUAGAAUAAUGUAAUGUUGAACCAAUCCUGAAGAAUUCUUUUAUUGCAUUCAUGUUUCUGAUAAAGGCUGGGAUUGGCUUUGCCAAUUCUCAGCAAGUAGGUUGUUGCUUGUAUUUAUGAGAGUGGGUGAGUCACAGUCUUCUCUACCAUGAAAAACUUUAUACUACUGUCAAAAAAAUUUCUCAUGUUGGUUAUGUGUAGGUUAAAUGUGCAUGUCUUCCCCUUAUAUUUCCAGCACAAUUUUCAGCAUUCUCAGGAAAGACUGAAAUGCUUUGUACCUACAGCAAAUAAGUUGUUAAUUAUCAAACUGUCAUAAGUAUGUGUUUGAAAACAAGAGUUUGGUUUCAUUCUGACUACUCUAUUUGAAAUUUCUGAUGUGCUUUUAAAACUUCAGUAUUUUUUCCUGUUCCGUUUCACUGUAUGAAGGAUUCUGUGUCCUGUCAAUUGUGAAGCUCAGCAUGCCAUUGCCCUGUGAGAAGGAUGUGUCCAGACUAUUGCCAGCAUCCUCCUAGCUGACUCCUCAUGCUUCAUUUACAAGUUCAUACAGUAUACGCUCAGGCAGCUUUUUAUCAAGCUUUUUCUGUGUCUUUGAUUACCUGCAGUCAACUGGGAUAAUAACAGCAACUGGCUUUCUGUUAGUAUAGGUAUCCUAGAAAAUUCUCAGUGGCCAAAUAAGCUGAAUUAAGUUUUCAGUGUGAACAAGGUACAGUUGAUGAAAUGUGAAGAAAAGUGAGGAUGCAAUCUUGGGGUCAGUGUGUGUGGACAGAUCUGCAUACACGUGGGCAUGGUAACAUGGGGUGGRUAAAGAGGAGCAGAGUAUGAUGAGUACUGUGUAGAAGUCACAGAAAAUACAAAGGUUUUGUAUUACAGAGCUGUUGCUACAGGAAUGAAAAACUAAUAUGAAGAAGUAGCUGAGUGGAUUUGAAUGAAAAAAUGAUAAGAGGGGAGAGAUGAGUAGCAGAGGACAGUGGCCAGAUUAGGCAGAAAUAUGAAGGUAAGUUUGAGAUGAACCAUAAACAAUAUUUUGAUAGUAGAAUGAAUACGUUGCUGCGUAUAAAAUCCUUUGAUAAAGGAACGAAUUUACUUUGUGUGACRAAGUGACUUUAUAGCAUGAAGAGGGUCUUGGAAAUCUUGCAGAUUCUCACGAGUAGUGUACGCUCCUCAUUGCCACUGCAGCAUUCUCAUGGUCAGAAAAAAAGAUGAGAAAAUAAUUUUCCAGUAUAUGUUCUGAAAUCCUGUUGGACUAUUGCACAAUGAAAUGGCAAAACAUUUCAGUAUAUGAGAAACCAAUAGAGUACUCAAAUGUUUUUUUUUUUUUUCCCAUGAUUCACAAAAUUGCCUUGCUUAUAUAGUUAGAUUUCUUAACAUACUGCAUCUGCUACAGCCAAAAGGUGACAGGCCUUGGUGAGGUGUCAACAGUGUUUGAAGACUCAGAUACCAAAAAGAGCAAGGAAGUGCUUUUUUCAGGCGUUGCAUUUURAAGUUUUUUUUGGCCACAAAGAACUUGUGUGGAUAAUGAACUUUGCUGGAAGCUGGCAGUAGCUCUUUGUUCUUAGUUUUUUCUUUAAAGGUAUUUUCAAUGAUGUAGUGUGCCAUUAGACUUGCUCCUCAUGUGAUA